UGUCAAAUCUUCCGGCAAAAUCAAAGUCAAAACAAAACGUGUGUGUAUCAGCAUCGCGCGUUGCUUUCUCUUUGUGAAUUUCACGAAAUUUUGUAGUAAAUUCGUAAGAAUUUGAUUGCUUGUUGAUUGUUUCCAGUUCCUCGUUGUACGUUCCUUGCAAACGGCUCCACCCUGGGGAAAAUGGCAAAACGCGGUGCCCAGUCGGAUCUGAACCACGACAACUGGAACGCCGAGGAGGAACCGGAGGAGGCCGGCAAGUUCGCCCAGGCCUCGGAGGAUGAACUGAAGAAGCGCGUCAUUAAAACGGCUCGCCGUCGCGUGACGGGAGCGGAUUCGGCCGGUGCAGGCAGCAGCGCCACCAGUUCGGUGUUCAGCGGAUUCAAGGGAUUCGGCGCGGUGACAUCUACUCCGGCCGCACCGAAGUCCACCACGGACGGUGCCAGUCCGUUUUCGUUUUUGAGUAACAUUAGCAAGCCGACGAAUGGAACGGCGGCGGCGGCCGCGACGGCGACUGGGGGUUCGAUUUCCAGUGCAACCACUUCGGCGCUAGGCGCCAGCAUCUUCGCCGCGACCGAUCCCAGCAAGAAACCGUUUUCCGGGUUUGGAAGUCCGCCGAAGGUGGCGACGACGACGACUGCGCCGGUUGUGUCAGCGGCCGAGAAGAAGGAAGAUGCUGGUAAAGCAGAUGAUUAUGUGGACAGCAUCAAAGCUUUGAAUCAGUCUGUGGCCACCUGGAUUUCGGAUAAGGUGAAAGAGAAUCCGCUCUGCAAGUUGACUCCAAUUUUCAAAGAUUACGAGAAGUACUUGAGCGAAAUCGAGGCAAAUAAAGGCAAGGGUGAGAGUAAGGAAUCGCCAGCUCCGGCAGCUGCUAAGUCCACCGGAUUUUCGUUCGGAAGCGUGUCUCCGGCUGCGGCUCCAGCAGCAGCGCCAGCCAAGACCUUCAGCUUCGGAAUAGGUGCUUCCACCGCUCCCGCAACGGGAACAGGAUUCACAUUCGCCAAUGUGAAACCACCGGCACCGGAACAAAAGUCGGACGACAAAGAGGAGGCCGAAGCCGACGAGGACGAACCUCCAAAGGUCGAAUUCACUCCAGUCGAGGAGAAGGACAGUCUCUACUCCAAGCGGUGCAAACUGUUCGUCAAGGCGGACGGCAGUUUCAGUGACCGCGGCGUCGGCACCGUUCACAUCAAGAAGGUUGACUCUAAGGUACAGGUGCUGGUCCGUGCGGACACCAAUCUGGGCAACAUUCUGCUCAACAUCAUCCUGAACGAAUCGGUUCCGCUGCAACGGAUGGGCAAGAACAAUGUGAUGAUGAUUUGCUUGCCAACGCCCGAUUCGAAGCCACCGCCGACGUCGGUGCUGCUGCGGGUCAAGACGGCCGAGGAGGCGGACGAGCUGUUCGAGACGCUCAAGAAGCACAAACCUACUUAGAUGAAAAGUGAAUUGAAACAAAAUGCGUGUAUUCCUGAAUUAGUAAAUAAAUUAUGACUUAAUUGAUA